UAUCAUUGAACAACAAAGCGCUUUUCACUCCAUAACUCUGAUCAUCGUUACUCACGUCUUAAACAAAACAAAUGUGCGUCAAUUUCAGCGCGCGUCCUUGGCUUAUAUUUACAUUAUUUUAUGCGUCGUGUACGCUAAUUAACGGCAUAAUCAUUGCGCCUCAUGAACCGACUCGUGGCAUUUACGAAAUCGCGAAACUUCAUGGCGAGAAGUUUUUAAGAAAACCUCGAAGUAAUGUUGUAUUUGACUGCAGCUUUGAUUAUGGUUGGUGCGGAUUUCGCAACGUAAAAAGAAAGGACGAUUUUAAUUGGAUGAUUAGGAGGACAAGAACGCCGAGUGCCAAUACCGGACCCAAUGGCGAUUUGAUUGGAAAAGGUUUCUUCAUUUACAUUGAGACGUCGCACCCUAGGAAACAGGGAGAUAUGGCGAGAUUAAAGAGUCCCGUUUUCCCUCCUUUCAUUUACUGUUUGCAGUUUGCCAUCCAUGCCUGGGGUGAUGGCGUCGGAAAGCUUAAAGUUAACGCGAGGAAAGUCAGAGGCUCGACAAAACGAAAACAGCUAUUGACAUUGAAUGGAAAUCUUGGUAAAGUUUGGCAUUUAGCUCGUGUCACUGUCGCCUGCAGCUCGAGAUUUGUGAUAGAAUUUGAAGGCGUCUGUGGUAAAGGACACCGUGGGGAUAUAGCACUGGAUAAUAUUACUUUAUCUCGUGGAGUAUGCGAGACAUCGUCAACAAAUUCUUCAGAAAUUUGCGGAGUUGGCUUUCCUGGAUUUGUUGGUGAAGUUCCACACCUUCCAAUGAGUUAUGCCUGGCCUUGGUUGGUGGCUUUGCCUUACGUUAGCCAAUCACAACGUUCUUGUUCAGCUAUUCGAGUUGACUCUGAUUGGCUGCUUACGACAGAAGAGUGUGCAAAAAGUUCCCGAACUAACAAGAAAAGAAGAAUGAAAAGAAAGGACAGCUUUGUUGCUUUAUUCAAAGAUUUGGGUUUGUUACGAGUAAACGGUUCCGUCACCGAAGGCCAGGAACAUAAAGUUUGCCUUCCAUCGAAUUUGCAGCUUCAAAAUCAAGUCUUAAAUUGUUAUUUAUUGGCACAGGAAAAGAAAAUCCUUGAAAUCGCUGCGACUAUUCUAUCAAGUGGUUUAUGUAGGCAUAAAUUACGAUCGUCUUUCUCGAUGGUCUUUGACUUGAAAACUGAGAUUUGCCUACGUGUCAACAGUUCUUCAAUAAUGAAUCAAAGUGAAAUACAUUACGGUUAUGUUGUUUGUAUGAACAAUAUUCUUGACAGUUGGGUUCUACAUGCUUUUGGUUCAAUAACAAAUUCCAACUUCAAGCAGGAUAUCAUUGUCUUAAGACGAACUUCACUCCAUGUUGACUUUAUCGAGAAUAUUACCCAAGUUCCCAUUGUAGCACCUGUUGUCCCUAGCAAUCCAUUUCCCACUGAAAAAGAUCACGUUUUUCAAAUUUUUGAAUCAACUCUACAAAAAUGUCUUACGCUCAUGUCAAGCCAAUCAAAAUUCACCUACGCUCAAUGUAACAAAGAAGACACGAGCCAACGUUUCAAAUGGACACGUGAUCAGCAGCUGGUUGCCGUGACUAGAAAUGCUUGUUUGGAAAAUGGAGGAUCAAGUUUGCAAGAGCUGCAUUUGAGCCGAUGCGCCACAGGUCGACGUAGCCAGCGGUGGUUGUGUGACGGUAACACGUUGAUGAAUCUUUUUAUAGAACGCAUCUUUCAUGGUUGGCGGGAAAAGAUUCCAUGUUUGUUGUAUCGACUAGGAGACAUGCAAAUUUUGGCCAAUUCUGGAUUGCUGGAGGGACCGAUAAUAUUUGCUCUUUGUUGCCUUCUGGUAGAAAGCGGCAAAAUAAAAUGCGAUUUGAAUCAUUGGAAUAAGUGUGGCUUUAACAGCGUCGGUAGCUAUGCUAAAUACUGGUGGACUGUAUCUCGCUAUGGUUCCGAAGAAUACAAGCAUUUUCCACCCCUUCAACACGCAGAUAGAUUUUUCAAAAUCGUAAAACGCUUGCGACGUGGAUAUCCUGCUGCGCUUAAGAGCCCAUCCUUACGUGGUCAGCGGUGUGUGGUAUUCAAAAUCUUUUUUCAAGGUUCUUCAGCCGAACAGUUCAACGUAUACAAAAGUGCUGCUGGGAAGCGAACGCUUAUGUUUCAACGUGACGCAGAAUAUGACGGAUCGUGGCGUUUUCAUCAAGUCACGAUCGUACCUUCAUCUUGUGAAACUUAUCAGGUUCUCUUUGAAGCAAUCAUUUACAAUUUUACUGCUGCCAAAAUUGCUUUGCGAGAAAUCGUCAUCUCACCUGGGGCGUGUCAUUCCCGUGUCAAGAAACAUACAGAUGGCGAAUGCCAAAAAGACUGGAAUCUAGUUAAAGGACAGUGUCUGUAUUAUCACCCAACCGAAGUCACCUGGCAUGAAGCUUCAACUCUGUGUCGAAUUGUAGAAGCACGGUUGAUCACGAAUACGAAUGCAACAAGCGUUAUUUUGCCUCGUGGACGUCACGCGUGGUUUGGAGUGAGGAGCUGCCCUUCUGGCAGACUUUACUCUGAAAAAGGUGUUUUGUACAACAAGUCGGGAAUAUUCACUGAGCCGACCUGUAUGCGAGCCGAAAGAAAACGUUUCGGCGAGACAAAGUAUAGAACAGUUGGAUGUCAUAAAAAGUUGCCGUUUGUUUGUCAAAAAGAUCCAAAAGCAAUUGAGGAAACUUGCGGAUUUAGAAAUUUCUCAGCUCCAAACGACCAACAAUGGCCAUGGCACGUCUUAAUAAUUUUGUGGGACAGAUGCGUCUGCGGUGGUACUCUUAUCGCUCCUGGUCAUGUCGUUACCAGUACCUUGUGUUUGUUUCGUGUAUGGAUUCACUCUGUAAAGUUGUUCUUUCCAAGCUCGCGCCGUCUUAUUAGUAGAAUCAAUAAUAUAAUUCAUCACUCUAUGUCCGGUGUGAACUCUGGAAAAUAUGAUAUAUCUAUUGUACGAUUUGAUGACAGAAAUACUCUUCAGACAUCUGCAUGCCUUAUGCAAGUCCCUUUGCCUCACCUGCAGUUCACCACUUCGCAUUUAUUGAGAGGUAGAAAAUGCCUUAUUCUUGGUUGGGGAACCUAUAAAGGAUCUUAUCGUCCGUGCAUAUCUCAAACAUACAGUUUUCACGAAGUGGACAUUGUUGAUCAACAGCAAUGCGCUGAUUAUUAUGGUACACAUAUGAUUAAGAAGGGGAUUAUAUGCGUAAAAGCGAGGAACAGCACUGUACAAGAAUGUCUUGGGGACACAGGAGGUCCCCUGGUUUGUGAAAUCCUCGGAGCUUGGACCUUAGUUGGUAUAACAAGUUGGGGUGUGGGCUGCUCAAUGACUAGGAAAUAUGGCAUUUAUUCGGAUGUCGGAAGCUUAAAGUUAUGGAUUGAUAUUGUUUUGAGAAAAAGCUGAAUUAAUUCUUCAAAGAAUAACGAGGACUGGCAAUGUGCUGUUGUUUCAUUGUUAUAAGAUCAGUGGCACCCAUGGUAACCUUGGGGGUAAAUAGGGUAACAUUAGGGUACUGUCAUGUUCGCGACAGGUGUUAUUUAUUUGAGGAUAAAUAUUGGAGAAACAUAAAAAGAAUAGAUAUUGAAACUAUGAAAGAAGAAA